AUGUCCAAGUCGUCAACCAAGCUCAAGUCAACAGCUGAUCUCUACCACAUCCAGUGUUUUGAGAAGAUCGCCGAUUUUGCACAAACGGACUUCCUAGAUCGCGUCUUACCCAUGACCGGAACCAAUUGGAGACUCAGAGGCAUGAGCUUAACGAGUAUGGGGGAUGGGAACUAUUCACUGCCGGGUGCAGUAGAACGCCUGGUCCCCCAGUGGGUAUCGACACGCAAAAGAUUGAUUGAGAAGCGCGAUGGGCUGUACGAUGAAGCCGAACAAAAGGAAUGGGAAAAUGAGCAUGCAGACCUUAUGGCUUUGAUGUUGAAGGCUGGGUCCUCGGAGUACAAGGCACAGCCCGCGCGAAUUCCAUCAGGAGUUGAUGAGGCCACGUAUAGGCUUCUUUCUGAGGAGCUAGCUCCGAAUGAGAGUGACGGGCCCGGCGACACGCAGGAGUGGAAUCUCUUCAAGACGUACAUCAAUCCGACGGUGGAGGCUUUAAAUGAUCCGCAUGAUCUGAGCAGGAUGUUGCUAAGUUGGUGCAACGAUAUGGCACUGAUUAGCAAAGACGAUAAUGACCUAGACGAGCAAGACAAAGCAGCAAAGGUAAGGAUUGGUGACAAGGGUAUUAGAGGGCUCAAGCGUCUGGCUGUGAUUCAUAAAAGAUACUAG